AUGGGCGCGCUGGGCUGGCUCGUGCUGUGGCUGCAACUGUGCGUGCUAGCCCAGGCGGCCUCCAAACUCUGGGUCCCUAACACCCACUUCGAGGACGCCACCAACUGGAGCCAGAACCAGACUCCGUGUGCCGGUGGCGCUGCGCAGUUCCCAGCGGACAAGAUGGUGUCGGUCCUGGUACGAGGAAGCCACAUGCUCUCGCACUUGCUCCUGCCAUUGGACGGGGAACUCGUCCUGGAUUCCGGAGCGGGGCUCGGCGCAGCCGACGCGGGCUCGGACCCGGGCUGCGGCCUCGGCGCCCCUGCGCUCUUCCUGAACCCGGACCGCUUCUCGUGGUUCGACCCGCGCUCGUGGCGGCCGCGGGGCGAGGCGCGCGCGCUGUUCUCCGUGGACGCCGAGCGCGUGCCCUGCCGCCACGACGACGUCGUCUUCCCGGCCGACGCGUCUUUCCGCGUGGGGCUCGGCCCCGGCACAGACCCCGUGCGCGUCCGCUGCGUGUCGGCGCUGGGCCAGACCUUCACGCGCGACGACGACCUGGCCGCCUUCCUGGCGUCCCGCGCGGGCCGCCUGCGCUUCCACGGGCCGGGCUCGCUGCGCCUGGCUCCCGAGGCCUGCGCCGACCCGUCGGGCUGCGUGUGCGGGAACGCCGAGGCGCUGCCCCGGAUCUGCGCCGCUCUGCUGCAGCCGCGCGCUGGCCGCUGCCCGCCGGCCGCCUGCCACGCCGCCGUCCGGCCCGAGGGCCAGUGCUGCGGCCUCUGCGGAGCCGUCCUGUCGCUGACCCACGGCCCCGCCUUUGACCUGGAGCGGUACCGGGCGCGGCUGCUGGACGCCUUCCUGGUCCUGCCCCAGUACCAGGGGCUGCAGGUGGCCGUGUCCAAGGUGCCGCGCGCGUCCCGGCUGCGCGAGUCCGACACGGAGGUCCAGGUGGUGCUGGCGGAAGCCCGGCCCGAGGAGGGCGCGGCGGGGCGGCUGGCCCGGGAGCUCCUGGCCGACGCGGAGCAGCACGGCGCGGCGCUGGGGAUCCUGGCGGCCGCCGUGCGGGAGUCCGGCGCGCCCACCGGGGGCGGCUCGGCGUCGGGGCUGCAGGGGACAGCGCCCCGCGCGGGGCUCGUGGGCGGCCUAGUGGCCGCGGCGCUGGUGCUGCUGGCGCUGCUGGUGGCCACGCUGCUGCUUCGCCGCUCCGGGCGGCUCAGGUGGCCACAACGAGAAACUGGAGUGGGCACGGAGGUGCCCCUGGGCUUCCGCAACCCCAUGUUCGACGUGGCGGCCUCCCAGGACCUGCCCUCGGUGCGGCUGCCCAGCCCAGCCCCACAGUCGGAUGUCAGUGGCACCAGCCACAGCUACUUCGUCAACCCGCUGUUUGCAGAGGCCGAGGCCUGACUGCCGCCGCUCCUCCCGCGCGUCCUGCCCCUAAC